UGAAUUCUUUCUCCUCCUCCCUCUUUUCCUCCCCCCCAUCCCCACCACCUGGUGCCUCCUAAUUCCUUGGUUUCCUCUGGUUUUCCUUGGACUCUGCCUUGUCAUGUCAAGAUGGAAGUCAGGCAUGACUGGCUCGCCUCUUCCCCCCACGAGGGCUUCGAGCAGCUGAGGCUGAAGAGCCGCCCCAAAGAGCCAUCCCCGAGCCUCCCCAGAGUAGGUGCCAACUUCUACAGCACUGUCAAGCAGCAGGACUUCAGUGCCAGUGUCUGGCUGAGGAGGAAAGACCAACUGGAGCAUUCCCAGCAAAAAUGCAUUGUGAUCUUUGCACUGGUGUGCUGCUUUGCGAUUCUGGUUGCACUGAUAUUUUCUGCAGUGGAUAUAAUGGGAGAAGAUGAGGAUGGACUCUCAGAAAAGAAUUGUCAAAAUAACUGUCGGGUUGCUCUUGUGGAAAACAUUCCUGAAGGUAUAAACUAUUCAGACAGUGCACCAUCCCACUUGUCUCUUUUCCAAGGCUGGAUGAAUUUGCUUAAUAUGGCUGAAAAGUCUGUUGACAUAGUAUCUUCCCAAUGGGACCUCCAUCACAGUCAUCCAUCUGCAUGCCAGGGCCAGCAUCUUUUUGAAAAAUUGCUAGAACUGGCGUCUCGAAAUAUUGAGAUAAAACUAGUGAGCGAUAUACUGCCCACCGAAUCAAAGGUAUUAAACGACUUGAAAACAAAGGGGAAGAGUGAAAGAGGACCCUGUGCUGAGGUGGCCAACAGAAUGGGGGGUGCAGAAGUGCUGUAUAUGAAUAUGACUGCUUAUAGUGAAGGUCGCCUUCAAUCAUCAUUCUGGAUUGUUGAUAAACAGCAUGUAUAUAUUGGAAGUGCCAGCUUAGACUGGAGGUCAUUGGGACAGAUGAAAGAACUUGGUGUCAUUGUGUACAACUGCAGCUGCCUCGUCCUAGAUUUACAAAGGAUAUUUGCCUUGUAUAGCUCAUUAAAAUACAAGAAUAAAGUGCCUCCAAGUUGGUCUAAGAGAUUGUAUGGGGUGUAUGAUACUCAAAAGAAACUGAAGCUGCAGCUGAAUGAGACAAAAUCAGAAGUCUUUGUGUCGAAUUCUCCCAAACUCUUUUGUCCAAAAGACCGAGUCUUGGAUAUUGAAGCUAUCUACAAUGUUAUAGAUGAUGCCAAACAGUUUGUUUAUAUAGCUGUCAUGGAUUACCUCCCUAUUGUCUUUGACACAAAUGCUAAAAGGUACUGGCCAUAUUUGGAUGGGAAGAUAAGAGAAGCACUAGUGUUACGAAGUAUUAAAGUCCGGCUCCUCAUAAGUUUCUCAAAAGACACUGAUCCCCUUACAUUUAACUUUGUUUCAUCUCUUAAAGCUAUUUGCACUGAGGUUCCCAGCUGUAGUUUAAAAGUUAAAUUUUUUGAUCUUGAAGAGGAGAAUGCUUGCUUUCUCAAAGAACAAAAGAAUACUUCCCUUCCCAAAUUAAACCGGAAUAAAUAUAUGGUGACUGAUGGAGCUGCUUAUAUUGGUAAUUUUGACUGGGUGGGAAAUGCUUUUACUCAAAACGCGGGAGCUGGCCUCGUUAUCAACCAAGAAGACAUGGGGAACAACACAAGCAUCGUUAAGCAACUUAAAGCCGUGUUUGAAAGGGACUGGUAUUCACACUAUGCCAAAAGUUUGCAACCAACAAAAAUCCCAAACUGCUUAAACUACAAACUUAACAAAGCAGUGGCAAAUAAGACUGCCAUGAAUUAAAAAGACUAUUUUACUGUAUGAUGAAUGAAGAAAUACAUCGGGGCUGCUGUAAGCCUAUUUCAUAUUUACAGAUAAGACUACAAAAAGGCAAAAAAAAAAUUUUUUUUUUUUUUUUUUGGGAAAAAGCACACAUAUAAAAUGUUCUCUAAACUAUACUCUCUAUAUUGAAUUAUUUACGACUUUUAAAUUUGUUACUUCUGACACUGAAUGUCAUUUAUGCUUUGACAUUGAUUUUUCAUAUUUGAAUUUAAAAGCAUACUUUGAUUCCUCUCCUUCAAUUUUAGAACUUUUCGUACCUCCCAUCCUGGCUAGGCAGAACCUUGAGGCAGAACUGAAAAUUGAGCUAUGACAUGUCAUUCUAAGAUCAGCUGCUAUUGAUACAUAAUGGAGGACAGACUUCCCCCAUGCAAAAGAUACAAGUUUAAGCAAGUAUUCUCCUAUGUAAAUCAUUCCCUCCAAGUAUAUGGCCAUCCAAGCAGAUUUUGAUAAUUUUGAACAGAUAGUUUGAUAUCAACAUCUAAUUACAUUUUCACACCAUCCUCAAAAUGUAUUAAAGCUAGCUGUCAGCUUCCUUGUCAUCUCCUAAUAAUAACAUACAUUUUCUUUUGUCCAAACAACUUUCACUAUAACCUCUCCCCCCCAAACCUCUUACCUAACACACUUCAAAAAAAAUUAUUAAUUUUAAUUCCCUCUACCAUCAAUGGUUAUUCCUUGUUAUACCAAUGUCUCUUUAAUUUUGAAAUUCCUGGAUUCUGAGGAUGUUUUAUUAUAAAAAUCUAUUAUAAAGAUCAAGGGCUGUCUUUUCUUGUCAGCUGUACAAUGUGAUUUUCCCAAUUUGAAGUAUUUCUCAAGAGUGAGGCAGCAAUUUUGUGUAGCAUCAUUGUUUGGGGAAAAAACCAAACCCUUAAAUGCUACUUUUUGAAAAAGGUAAAGGGCUGUGCAAAGCUGUACAAUAACUUUAGUGAAAAUUUUCAGUUUUGUUCUAGUUGAUUUCUCACCUGGCAAACUUUGCUUUGUUAAUUUAAAAACAAAAUGAACAAACAAACAAAAAAGUAUCCUUUUGUGAAAUGGUGUUUUUGUGUCAAAAUAGGUCAUUCAAUCUCUUGCAUGUUUUUUAUAACUAUAAAAGAAAUUGGGACAGAUUCAUCUCUGGUGUAACUUCAUGCCUCAAUGACUUCAAUAAUUAUACCAGCAAUGAAUUUCAUCCAGUAUAUUCAAAGUUGAAGAUCAUUUUUUUAAAUCAGAUCCGUUUAUUUGCAAAAUGUCACUGAAAGACCAAGAGAAGCUCUAGAGGUGAAUAGCUUUCAAUCAUGUGUCUUGGGAUAAACUUAAUAUUAAGUCCUUACAUAAAGGCACAAGAGCCAAAAAUUCCAGAGUUUGCAGUUAUAGCUUCUGCUAGCAAUAGCACAUAAAAAGAUAAAAAUUAUUAACCACUGAUAUAUUUCCCUUCCUUGCAUUGUUGAUACUAGGAAUGCAUUGAAUUUUUAGUACAUUUUAUACAGAUAAUGGAAAAUGUCAAUGGAGCAAAACUUUGUCAAAGGAGAAAGUGAUUUCAUGUCAUUGUUGGGUUGCCACUGACCUUAUAAUUCUGAUACCAAAUGAAUGACAUAGAUGCAGUAGUUUUAUCUGAUAGAUUUUUUGGAGCAGUAGAGUCACAAUUGCUUACUGGUCCAUUAUGGUAUAAGUGGAUUCCCAUGGGCUAGAAGAACAAAUUUGUGUACUUCAGUCAUCCAGAGUAGAACUAAUACA